AUGCAAGAAAACAGUAGUCUGCGCAGCACUAUCUCGACGCAAUCAUCAAACUGCCUAGCGCUCGAGAGUGACAAUCGGGCACUCAAGAUGAAGAUUGAGAGGACCGAAGACACGCUGAUUCAGAGAGAGACUACAAUUGAGACCCUGGAACGACAGCUGUCCGAAUCACAAGUGCUUGUUCAGGAGCUGGAGCAACGCAUUCGCUAUGAGGAGACAAUCCGCCGUCGUCUCCACAACACUAUCCAGGAGCUCAAGGGCAACAUCCGAGUAUUCUGCCGAGUUAGACCUGUGAGUGACUCCCCAAGCGCCAGCAGGAAUGAAACGACGGCGGCGUUGAUCAAGUAUCCAGACCCAGAGGGCCGGGAAAUUGAGUUUGCGCAGUCGAUCGAAUCGGCUACGGGUUCGCAGACUCAAAAGACAUACCCGUUCACGUUCGACAAAGUCUUCCAGCCAGCAUCGACACAGGAUGACGUAUUUGAGGAGAUCUCUCAGUUGGUGCAAUCGGCUCUGGACGGUUAUAAUGUGUGUAUCUUUGCGUACGGACAGACUGGCAGUGGAAAGACACAUACGAUGGAAGGGCCCUUGAAUGCAGAUGCGAAGAGCAUGGGUAUGAUUCCUCGUUCUGUUCUACAAAUCUAUGAGAACGCCAAGGCACUCGAGUCCAAGGGUUGGGAGUAUACGAUGGAGGGACAGUAUGUUGAGAUUUACAACGAGUCGAUCAAUGACCUGCUCGGGAACGACGGGGCGGAUGCUCCAAGCAAGAAGCACGAGAUUCGACAUGGAACAAACGGCAAGACAACUAUCACAGAUAUUACGACCGUGGUGCUGACCUCGCCUGAAAAGGUUGCGGCUCUUUUAACGAAGGCAGCCCAUAAUCGAUCGGUCGGAUCUACACAGAUGAAUGAGCGGUCGUCCCGAAGCCACUGUGUAUUCACACUUCGACUGUCUGGAAGGAAUUCUAUAACGGAGGAAUCGAGCGAAGGUGUUCUCAAUCUCAUUGAUCUUGCAGGUUCAGAGCGAUUGUCACAAUCAGGCGCAACGGGCGACAGACUGAAGGAGACGCAAGCGAUCAACAAGAGCUUGAGUUGCUUAGGUGAUGUUAUCUAUGCCAUCUCAAACAAGGAUCCACACAUCCCAUAUCGAAACUCAAAGCUGACAUAUCUGUUGCAGAACUCGCUCGGAGGCAACAGUAAGACGCUUAUGUUUGUCAAUAUCUCGCCGCUGAUGAGCAAUUUUAACGAGACGCUAUGCUCUCUACGCUUUGCGACCAAGGUGAAUGCCUGCACGAUCGGAACCGCGACCAACAAGCGAGCGGUCGUUGGCAAGCCAUGA